AUGAGCAGUGUGACUACGAGAAGUAUGACUAUGAGAAGUGUGACUAUCUUGAAGCUGAGAGGCCUAGGAGGAGGAGGAGGAGGAGGAGGAGGAGGAGGAGGAGGGGAGGAGGAGGAGGAGGAGGAGGAGGAGGAGGAGGAGGAGGAGGAGGAGGAGGAGGAGGAGGAGGAGGAGGAGGAGGAGGAGGAGGAGGAGGAGGAGGAGGAGGAGGAGGAGGAGGAGGAGGAGGAGGAGGAGGGCAAAGAGGACUGCACCGGCGACUUUUCAGCUUGA